AUGUCGAACAGAGGUCGUGGUGCCGCUGGCAACAAGCUUAAGAUGACUCUCGGUCUGCCUGUUGGCGCCGUGAUGAACUGCUGCGACAACUCCGGAGCUCGCAACCUGUACAUCAUUGCCGUCACCGGUGCUGGUGCCCGCCUCAACCGUCUCCCCGCUGCUGGUGUCGGUGACAUGGUCAUGGCCACCGUUAAGAAGGGAAAGCCCGAACUCCGAAAGAAGGUUAUGCCCGCUGUUGUUGUCCGUCAGAGCAAGCCAUGGCGACGACCCGACGGUAUCUUCCUCUACUUCGAGGACAACGCUGGUGUUAUUGUCAACGCCAAGGGUGAAAUGAAGGGUUCUGCCAUUACUGGUCCCGUUGGAAAGGAAGCUGCUGAGCUCUGGCCUCGUAUCGCUUCCAACUCCGGUGUUGUCAUGUAA